UCUAGUCAACCAGUUGCUGAGACUACUUCUCCCGUUCAGACUUCCUCCAAUGUACCCGCUGCAACUGUUGCACAUUCCGAGGCAAAUCUCUUUCGAUGUACUGUUGACGGAUGUCCAAAGAAGUAUAAGAACGCGAACGGUCUUAAAUAUCACAGAGCGCAUGGUCAUAGUCCUCGGACAGAUAAUGGCGAGAAGCCCUAUAAAUGCCAGGUGGACGGCUGUACAAAAUCCUAUAGGAACCCGAACGGACUGAAGUAUCAUUUAGAUCACCAUCAUUCAGGACACAACGUCCAGAUCACUAAUAACACUGCCGUAUCGGCGGAUCAAAAAAUAUCUAUUCCUCAAUAG